AUGGACUACGACUCUAUCCAUGGCCCUGGACAAUCAAACUUCUCGUCUCCUAUAGCUCAUCGCAUGCCCACAGUCUCAGCAGCACAGGCAUUGCAAGACUUGAAGACAUCACCGACGCGAUGUAUCUCCACAGGAUUGGAGCUUUUAGACUGUAUGUUGCAGAACAGAGAACUAGUUUUCUCGGAUUUGGAAGCUCUCCCAGGUGGUAUAUCCAGAGGGAAAGUGACUGAGAUUUAUGGCCCACCUGGUGUUGGGAAGACAGCGCUUGGGAUGCAACUGGCUGCUAGUGUAUUGCAUGCUGGUGAAGGAGUUGUCUGGAUUGAUGCCUCACAUCUAAUCUCCGGAUCCCGAUUCAGUCAAAUUCUAACCUCACAUGAUUCACAUCAGCCAGCCCCUGCAACUUCACCACACUCCAACCCAGCAACACUCACAUCCCUACUCUCGAACUUCACCCACUUCUCCACACCAAGUCUUGCACAUUUGCUUGCGUUCCUAACACAACCUACAACCUUACAUCCGCCUCCGAACACAAGCCUGAUAGUAAUCGACUCCUUCUCAACAUUAAUUGCCAACGCCUUUCCUCGGUCUGUAGACUCCACUGGCACAUCUAGGAAACCAGGUGCACCCAAUCCCUCGGCACGUAAAUUCCCUAUUCUCCAACACUUAAUCUCUUCACUUUCCAAGCUAGCCACCACCCGCAACAUCGCCAUUGUCGUGACUUCACAGUGCGUCACCAAGAUGCGACCAGGAGCAGGCGCCGUGCUAGUCCCAGCUGUCAAUGCCACAGCCUGGGAACAGGGUCUCGGGUGUCGAGUUGAGCUGAUGCGGGAUUGGGGCUGGGAGGAUGAGGAGGGAGGUAUGGUUGAUGGCGUGAGGUUGGUAAGGGUUCUAAAGGCUGAGGGAGUGGCUGUUGGUGGGACGAAACUGGUUGGAUUCGCAAUUCGUGAUACUGGCCUCCACUCUCUCUCCCUACCCCUCAUCGUCCUCCCCACCCAAUCCUUGCCCCAGAAACAUCAACAGUCCUUCACCACAAACACAAAUACCCCUCAUACAGCACCAAUUCAAAAUACCCUCCCCCAGAAACGCAAGCUCUCAGCUACAGACCUCGAGAUCCCCGACAGCGAUGCCGAAGAUGACGAGGAUUACGGCUGGGCGGAAGAAGAUGAAGAGGAGCUCCCGCCGCCACCACCGCAGUGGCAGGGGAGCGAGGAUGCGUUGGCGCCGCCGAUAGAGGAAAAUGAAGGAGACGAGGAGUUGCUGGAACUGGGGAUGGGGAUGGGGGAUGGCGAGGAUGGCGAUGAUAUUGGUGAGGACGCGGAGGGUAGGGGAAGGAUGAUUGAGAAGGAUGUUAUUGAUGAUAGUGAGGAUGAGCUUGCUUUAUGA